CUAGGCUACUAAUUUAGAGCCGUCACCAUCACCAGACGAUCUGAAUAAUACACCACUCGGUGCGGAGAGGAAAAAGCGGCUAUCUGUAGUAGGUCCCCCUAAUAGGGAUAGAAGUUCUCCACCCCCAGGAUACAUUCCAGAUGAACUGCACCAGAUUGCCCGGAACGGGUCUUUCACCAGCAUCAACAGUGAAGGAGAGUUCAUCCCAGAGAGCAUGGACCAAAGAAAGCUACCCAAAAUCACGGAUGCCUAGGGCACAGAGCUACCCAGAUAAUCAUCAGGAGUUUUCAGACUAUGAUAACCCCAUUUUUGAGAAAUUUGGAAAAGGAGGAACAUAUCCAAGAAGGUAUCAUGUUUCAUACCAUCAUCAAGAGUAUAAUGAUGGUCGGAAGACUUUUCCAAGAGCCAGAAGGACCCAGGGCACCAGUUUCCGGUCUCCUGUGAGUUUCAGUCCUACUGAUCACUCCUUAAGCACUAGUAGUGGGAGCAGCAUCUUUACCCCAGAGUAUGAAGACAGUCGGAUAAGAAGACGGGGGAGUGACAUAGACAAUCCUACUUUGACUGUCACAGACAUCAGCCCACCCAGCCGUUCACCUCGAGCUCCAACCAACUGGAGAUUGGGCAAACUGCUUGGCCAAGGAGCUUUUGGAAGGGUCUACCUCUGUUAUGAUGUUGAUACCGGACGAGAACUGGCUGUUAAACAAGUUCAGUUUAACCCUGACAGCCCCGAGACCAGCAAGGAAGUAAAUGCACUUGAGUGUGAAAUUCAGUUGUUGAAAAACUUGUUGCAUGAGCGAAUUGUUCAGUAUUAUGGCUGUCUGAGGGAUCCUCAGGAGAAAACACUUUCCAUCUUUAUGGAGUACAUGCCAGGGGGCUCAAUUAAGGACCAACUCAAAGCAUAUGGAGCCCUUACUGAGAAUGUGACGAGGAAAUACACCCGUCAGAUUCUGGAGGGGGUCCAUUACCUGCAUAGUAAUAUGAUUGUCCAUAGAGACAUCAAAGGAGCGAAUAUCUUAAGGGAUUCCACGGGCAAUAUCAAGCUAGGAGACUUUGGAGCUAGCAAACGACUUCAGACCAUCUGUCUCUCAGGCACAGGGAUGAAGUCUGUCACAGGCACGCCAUAUUGGAUGAGUCCUGAGGUCAUUAGUGGAGAAGGCUAUGGCAGAAAAGCAGAUAUCUGGAGCGUAGCAUGUACGGUGGUGGAGAUGCUAACUGAAAAGCCACCUUGGGCUGAAUUUGAAGCAAUGGCUGCCAUCUUUAAGAUCGCCACUCAGCCAACAAACCCAAAGCUGCCACCUCAUGUCUCAGACUAUACUCGGGACUUUCUCAAACGGAUUUUUGUAGAGGCCAAACUCCGACCUUCAGCCGAGGAGCUCCUGCGGCACCUGUUCGUGCAUUGCCACUAGCAGCCAGCGUCCUCCACCCGCCCGCCGCCACCGCCACCUUCUCUCUUACUGCACUUUCCUUUUUUAUAAAAAGAGAGAUGGGGAGAAAAAGACAAGAGGGAAAAAUAUUUCUCUUGAUUCUUGGUUAAAUUUGUUUAAUAAUAAUAGUAAACUAAAUUUUUUAUAUUUAAUCUUUUUUUCUUUUCAAGAACUUGAAACUUCUUUUUUUAUUUUUAAAGAUUUUUAUAAUGUACUGAUGUGGUUCAGAGCUAUAACGCACUUUAGUACAUAGUUGCUCCUUUUAGUACAAACAAAUCAUUUGGAAUAUAUAAAGAUUGUAGUCUUGCCCAGUAUCACUGACAUGGAAGACAGAGAGAAGACAGUGAUGUACAAUUUGUAGUUUUUAGUGAUAGUAUUUAAAUAGAUCCUUCUUUGUGGGGUUGAGCCCUAAACUUGGGUUUAGGGUAGGUACUCAUUGUAAAGAAUAUAGGUUUCUUCUUUUAUCUGUAUUCUUUAGAUCCUCAACUCUAUCUGUCAAGCUUUUUUGCUCAGUAAGAAUCUUGAAUAGAAGAUACGAAUCUCUAAGAGGUAUGUUGUUAAUCCCAAUCAGUAUACUAGAUGACUAUACUAUAUUAGAGCUGUGUUAAUGGGCUCUAUAAACCUUGAGAGACAGCUUUCUGCUUUAAAACAUUGUUGUAUUUGGAAGCAGAUAUGUGAAGCCAAUGAAUAAAUUCAGCUAAAAUACAGACGACUGCUCAUUAAAUGUAUGAGCAGUAGAAGAGACAACAUUUGCCAGUCAGUAGAAAAAUAACAGAAAAAAGAACUAAGUGUUAUUUAGUAUAUUUUAAACAUUAUUUACUUGAGGUGAAAGUCCCAAAAUGGAGGGAACUGAGAAAUAAUAAAAAUUGGAUUUAUAUGAUAGCUUCCUAUUUCUACCCCCUGGUUUCCCAUUAGAUAACAGUCUUUAGCUCAAGUACCCACCUGUAAAAGCUCCUGUCAUGAAAUAAAACCCUUGUUCUUUACUAAACCAGAGGCUCCUCAGAAGAGUAAACAUCAGGGAAAACAAUGAGAUUGGUGGUGGGGAGUCUUGUUUCACUUCACUUGGCAUUUGGCAAUGCCUGGAGACACUUUGUUGCCAUAACUUGCAAGGUACUACUAGCAUCCCGUGGGCAGAGUUUGCAGGUGCUGCUGAGUAGACUGUAGCGCACAAGGACUCCCUACCCAGGGGUUAGCCUGCCACAGACAAAAGUGCCUAGGAUGGAAACCAAGCAGCCAUUCACAAAGCAGUCAAAACAGAGUUCAGAGGACCCGUGUAGGGCAAAUGAGGGUUUGGUAAGAGCAGACCGUUAGUCAGAGGGAGUGGCCUCAGCUCUUAGCAGAUAAUGAAUGGUCAGUCUUUGACAGCUGCUGGUUGCACUUGAAUCACUAACUCACUUUAGAAAUAAUGAAUUUGAGUAUUCAACUCUUUGAAUUUAGCAUCUCUGUAUAUUUUUUUUCCUUAAAAGUAGCUCCUCCUUCUAGGUCAAGAAAAGUACACCAAAACAUAGUGUUUACUGGCAGUGUGGAGGGUAAAACACUGCCAGGUAUUUCCAGUGUAAACAUCUCCUUGGAGCCGUGUCUUAAAUGCAAAGACUGUGCUGGAAAGGAUCCGGCCCUCUCAAGAAGAGUUAUGAGACUUAAAACGUGAAAGUGUCAGGAAUUUGGCCACUUGCAAAUUUUUCAACAUUAAACCAAGUGCUAAUUAUUUUAUUUUUCAAAAGCCUAGAAGAUAACAAAGUCUUCUAGGAGACCCUGAAUGUGAUGCUUUAUCAGAAGGGACUAAAUAAGAUAUUCUAAUUUUGUUGUUGUUAUUAUUACAAGGUAUGUUUACUUAGAAUUUUUUAAGUACUUUGCUUUUGAAGUUAUGUAGAUCUGACUUUAAUGUGUCAAGAUCCUACCUGGCAGACCCUAUAAUAAUUUUUGAAAUUCCAGUAGACUGAGAGUCAAAGCACAAUUAGUUAACUCUUCUCCUGUACACUGUAAAUUAAAUGAAGCCCCUUGCAAAGAACACUCGUCAGAUGCCUCCACCCUUAGCAAAUCAGUUGCCUGAUCUUAAUGCUGGAGACCUAGUGUAGAGGUGUAUUGUAAUUUCUUUAUCCUUUAUAAAUGAGGGCAUCUUUUCUACUUGAGCAAGAUUAUGGUACCUGGAUUGCUGGUUUCUUUAUUUUGUCUCUUAGUGUGGUUGUGGUUUCCCUUUGGCUCGUUUUUGGUCCAUCAGGGUAACGUGCAGUACAGAAGAGAUCCAUGCACUCUUCAAAAGAUCCCUGCACACGGGAACUCAAAGCAAUUGUUAGCUUCUUAACAGUCUCCUCUUUCUUUCUAAAUUCACCGUAAAUAGCUGCAUCGGAAUAACAAAGUAUAAAGACUUGGAAAUAGACUAAUAGUAUACAGAGCUAUUAUAUUAAAUAUGAUGUGAAUUUAUUUCAGACCAGUUGUGAAGGUACCAAAAAACACAAUGAAAAUUAAUAUAUAUAUACCCUGCUAGAGCAAAAAAGCUUGAAGUAGGUAGGGGUAUGGAAGGCCAAUAGUAAAUGUAAAAGAAUGAAAUUUUUGAAAGGAAACAAUGUUGUAAAAGGAAGAAAAAUACUACACUCCAUGCUUUUUUCUGCCUAAUGGUAUGGAUUAACAGAUGAAGUUUAAAUGGUAACAAUUACUCUAAUUUUUUUUAAUUACUCUAAAUGUUUAUUUUAGAUGCACAACUGAUUCUUUGGUACUGCAAUGUUUCUUUGUGGCUAGAAACUGGCCAGACCGCUGACUUUGUGCCUUUAAAUGCAUUCUGCAUUGCCAGGAGCAGGCUCCGUGCUGGAGCAGACCAGGAGCACGAGUGUGCAGCUUCAGGAGCACCUUCUGCAGGGCCCGGGACCCAAGCGCGGUGAGGGGAUUAAGUCAGGCGGAGACCUUUACAGGGAAACAAAAGUAGUUGAAUAAGAAUUGACAGACGUAACUAAUACAGUUUUAAUGGAUUGGAAUUUAAGUUUUGAGGUUUUAGAAUGAAUACCUUGAAAAUUUUCAGCACUUUUCCUUGUUUACAAAAAUAUAUUUUUAACUUUAAAAACAUCUAUGACUAUUGCCUUAGAAAGUAUUAGGAGGCACAAUCUACAACAUAUGAGAAGUGGAAUAUUGCACAUGCUGGACUAUAAAAGAUAAAGCUCUUAUUUCAGAAUAAAUGUAAUUGGCUUUCAUUUGAGUCUUACCUUACUCCCAUUAGAAGAUACACAAAAAGAGUAAAAAUAUAUCUUUAGAGUAUCUCUCUACUAUGUUCUGACAUUGUCAGAUCUGAGCUGUACUGUUCUGAAAUAGUGCUGUCAGAAGAUUGUGGAAUCACUAAAAUCAAACCUGAAUAGAUCGGCAGUAUGAUGCAGACUCCUGGGUUAAUGGCAGGGUUCACACCAGUGGUUUCAUCUGGGGUCUGAAAACCUUUAUAUAAACUCAGCUGGAGACAACCAGAUAUACAAAUACUCAGUCUUAUUUUAGUUUGUGGUUUUGGAGUCAGGGUUCUCACUAUGUGUUUCAGGCUGGCCUGGAACUUAAAUGCUCCUGCCUCUGCCGCCCAGGUGCUGGGAAAGCAGGCAUGUCCCACCACACCCAGCUUUGCCCAGUUUUUUUUUUUUUUUUUGUUUUUUUUUUUGUUUUUUUAAAUAGGGUCAAUCUUUCUUAUUUUCUCAACAGUUGUGAUAUACUGUGUCACAUUAAAUUAAUAUCCUUAUAUCAGGAAAUUACCAUUGAGGAUCACGGCAGACAAUUAAUUUAUGGCAUACCGUAGUUCUGAAAGUUUAGCAGUGAUGUUUAAAAUGCUAGGACUUUUUUUUUUUUUUCCGGAGCUGGGGACCUAACCCAGGGCCUUGCGCAUGCUAGGCAAGCGCUCUACCACUGAGCUAAAUCCCCAACCCCAAUGCUAGGACUUUUAUAUGAAAAAUAAGAAUUUUGGAUAGUUGUUGGCUAGUAUGGACUCCAAAGAUAUUAACAAGAGGAUUAAAGUAAAAGGAUCUCUAUAUCCCAGGUCAGACAGCCUUUCUGUCAGAACUGCUCUCACUGUACAACACAGCCCCAGCUUGUUCUGGGACAAUGGAGCAUCUAUUCCUUAGCACACUGUAUUGGGUUCUCCCUGACCCCAGCUGUUGUUAAGUUUUUGUUUUAAAGAAAAAAUAUCCAAAACUCUAUUUUGGUUUCUAGGUGUUGAAAUACUGAAAAAGUUUUGCUAGAGGGUGAACUCGUCAAGUGUUACUUAUGCGAAGGUCAGAUUCUUUUGAUAUCCUAUUAAAUUUAGCAUUUACUUUUAGAUGUGUCAUUCAUAUUUAUUUGAUUUUAACACUGGUUAAAGUUCAAUGAAAAGCAAUUUGUUAAUUUUUAGUAGUGCCUUUUUCUCUGUAUGCCUUAAUUUUAUUUUCUAUUUGUAAUUCAGAUUACCUAACAAAAAAAGAAUUUUCCAAAAUCGCUAGGCCUCAAGAGUUUCUUUGGCCUUGGUCUGUGUGUUGGCCCCUAUGUGUUUCUUAAUGCGUAUUUCCUCCUCCUACCCAGUCUACCUCCUUUUAAAAAAUGUUAGGAGAGAGCAGUAGCAUUUGUCUGACUGCAAUCUCCACUAGAUGUGAAUUCCUAAAUAAAUAUAGAAAGGUAUUCUCAUUCGAAAAGACAUAGUAAAAUGAUUUUUUGGGUUGAGUACUUGAUUUUCAGUCAUACUGGCACUGCUCAAGUUCUUUGUGUAUUAUUGUUUGGUUGUGGUUUUCCUAGAACUAGGGCAGUUGUUUUGUCCUAAAGAGCUCCUAUAAGUGUUUCAUGAAGGUUGAGGCGAUGAGCAAGAAUCCAGGGACAACAAACUCUAAUUCUUAGUAUGUAACAUUUGACCAAUACUCUAGCUUACUGUUCUGUGAAGUUGUGAAGUGUGUGUGUGUGUGUGUGUGUGUGUGUGUGUGUGUGUGUGUGUGUGUGUGUGUAUAGUAGGGGCAGGGGUAGGAACGUGUAGUUGUUCAGUUAGAUCUGUCUCUCCUCUUGGAAGAACAACUGAAAAAUGUCUGAUUUACUAUAUGGGAUGAGAAAGGUCAUCCUCAAGUAGUCAUGCCAGGACAUUUUCCAUAAGUAGCUAGUAUGAAUGAUUGUUAAUAAAGGUAUUUAUUGUAAGUUGCCAAGCUCUGAAUUGCUAAAAGUAGGUUAAAAUUCAAUUUGUUUGUUUGUGUCUGUAGUAAUUAGCUUAUAUAUAAUUCUUCAAUAGAAAGUAUGGAAUCUUACAUAUUUCUUCAUGAACUUUUUGGAGUAGAAAUUCUGCCAGACAUUAUCUAAACAAGCUUCCUUAGUUUACCAAGCCAUCAAAAGGCAAUGUUCUUAUACCUCUUGUUGGUUGCUGGGGAAGGUGUGCUGUGAGCCACUGUCCACUUCACCCUCAUCUUUAGUGCUGCUUCCACUUCUGCCAUUGUCUGACAGGAUGCUGUGCGUGCUGUGGGAAUACCUGGGCCAUCCUCCUUUCCAUUCUCGCUGUCAGAGCUGGAGAUGGAUAGCUUUCAUGGGAACCAAGACUUCUUUUCUCAGAGGUACUGAUAGUGGUCAUGGCUGAGCUUCAGGAAGACCAGGGAGGAGUCAUAGCUAUAGUGAAAAGAGAAUGCGUUGUAUCCAUUGCCUGGAGACAGUCUCAUAGAAUUCUUCAUGUUUUUGUGUAUUUUAAUAGACAGUGGUAAGGUAUUCUGUUCCCAACAGCAAAGACAUUAAACAAGAGAAGACUCCUGUCCUUCUGCCUGGUGAUGUUUGUUUGUACCUCAGUCUGUGUUGCCAGAAUCACUUUAAACCAAAGCUUUUGUAUUCCCUGCAUACAUAGCCAAAAUGAUUAGCCCUGAUACAUUUGCCCAUGUGUGAGGUAAUAGUGUCUGAAUGGUAGAGCAGAUGCUAGUAGACUUUGUUGCCAAUCUUCUUCUCCUUAAGGAAAAGGACAGGUGCUAAGAGUCUGCAUUAGACAUGCAGAAUCCUUGCUACUGUGGAGCUCCUAGACACUGCAGACCUAAGUUCUUCAGCGUGCCAGGCUCACCCACACCCUUUGACCCCUGGUGUGAGAUUUGUGUUGACGUCUGAUGCCUCUGUGGGUGGCUCAUCGUCUUUCUAGUGUCUUAACAUUUAUGAGUUUGUGUUUGACGUAAGGGACUUUCAACACUGCUGUGAAGAGAAGUAGGUUAUGAACUGGUCUGCUUUGUGCCACAAACAUUUGGAACAUCUGCUCCCUCUUCUUUAAACCUUAUAGAAUCUGACCCCCACUGAGGAUUUAUGGGUCUUGUAAUGCCAGUUGAGAAAAGUUUAUGACUAUUCUGAAAAGCACUUUGUAUUCGUUUAUUUGUAUUUAGAACUUAAAAAAAUCCUGUAUAUUCAAUGAUUUUAGCAUUAGCAUCACUUAGAACAGAAGAUAAGUAAUUAAUUAUAUGUUAAACUCUAGUAGAUGCAUUGACUCCAGAAUAUAUUUGACAUGUUCUCAGUUAUCCAAAGACUUUUUUCCUCCUCGCAGUAAGGAGAGUAGACUAGUGUGGGACUCUACAAGCCAGAAAGGCUUAUGGGCAAAAGGAAGUGGGCCAAACCCUUGUCAAUUAAAACCAUAUUGUCUAGGGAUGAGAAUACGUCUUUAUAGACAGUUUUUUAAUAAUUAGUAAGUAAAAGGUUUACAUUUCUUCCAUUGCUGUUGGUUUUAAAAUUUAGCCUGCAUUCUGAAAUAUCUUAACAAAGUUAAUACCAAAAACACCUUUAAUGUCUGACAUCUCUUAUAUUUUAUGUGGUUGUUUUUACUCAUUGUAAAUAAACUUGGAUAAAUUUGAAAAUAAACUUUUAUCUUGCAAACUAUGAUUAUAAAUUUGUAAAUUUACCCUUUGACUUAAUGUACAUUUAAAAUGUAUCCAUUAAAUUCUUUAUAUUUAAUGUAUUAUUUUCAGCAAAUGUUUUUAAUCUCAGUUGAAUACUGGGCAGUUUAUAAUUAUGUACAAAUAUUUUUUGUUUUCUAUCAAUGUUGACUUUUUGCACAUUUUCGAACAUUUAAUUUGUACACUGAUUUAUAUGACCAAUAAUUGUUGAGUGACUGAGAAUCAUGAGUGUGUGCAUUGAACUACUGUCUUUGUGUUUGCACUUCUCCCUAGAUGUAGCCCUCAGUUUCUGUGCUGCUAUGACCCUUAGUAGGAUGACCUUCUUGCUUUUGCAAAGUCACCUGUGUGUGGUCCUGCGUUUGUUGGAGAACUCAGGAGUUCAGUGUUGCAGUCUAAUUUUGUCCUGUAUUCUGAAUCCAUUCCUAGGUUGAAAGUAUUCUGUGUGUAUCAAGAGAUAUGUGUGUGUGUGAUGUCCUUUUCUUUGUGUAGACACAUGUAUAUAUCUUAGUAAAUUCUUAUUUUCACUUCAUUUCUACAAUUUUAAGAACUUUAUGAUAAUUAAAUAUGUGUAAAGGCUUUCUGAAAGAUUAUUUACUAUAUAUAUACACUAUAUUUUCAGCUGGCUGGUCAAAUUAUUUUUUAAAUUUUGGUUUUAACCAUUUGAGCAUUUGUAGUUCCAGAAUUGGAUACAAAUUUUGCUUAGAGCUCAGUUAAAAUACUCUUGCAACUAACGGCAUUUUGGGGUAGGGUGGGGGGAGAUUGUUAAGCAAAACACAUUGUCCACUAACAAGGUCUUUGACCUCUCAAAGCUGUUAAAAAUGUGAGCAACUAAAUCGUCUUGAAGACAUGUUGAGACUUUUACAUUUCCAGUUGUCUAUUGUUUUGAAUAUUUCCUUUAUUUCCAAAGUUUUCAUCUUUCCCUCACUGAGCAAGGUUAGACCAAGUUGAUGAAACAGUGCAUUGGCGUUCUGUGAUCCUCACAGUGGAUUACCAGUGUGGUAGGGAUCUCCAAGCAACUGGCAGAAAGAGCUAGAAAUUAGGUUUCCAUCUGACAGUGUUACUGUAUUCAAUAGAAGUCUCCUAAAAGUAUGUGGUGGCGUAAGGUUAUCUGUUAGGAAUAAAAUCUGCAGUUCAAGCUGACUAUCACUAGUGUAUUGUGUUGAAAGGAACCCAUGUGAGUAGCACCUACCCAGAAGCCAGACACAGUGUAGUGUGUACCACAUUCCACACAUUUGGUCUGUUGUUCUUUCAAAAUUGUGCUUGUAAAGAUGUGUAAAAUGUCUUGAGUUUUAUAAUUUCUAUGUAUUUUUUCUUGCUGGUAAAUAGCUUUUAAAUUUUUUAAUAUAAAAGAAACCAUGUUUAUAUUUUGUUAGUAAUGACGACUUUGUUAUAUGGCAAUUUGUGUAUUAUUGACACAUCUUUAUUUAGAUUUGUCAUGCAUGAAGGCCUGCGAUAUUCAGUGCAGUGAAACAUACUUCAUUCCUAUUCAUCUUUCGACAGAUUGUGGUGCAGAGGCUUACUCAGUAAUCUUCUGAACUGUGGGAUGGACAUAAAGGAAUGGUACUUUGAGUGUUAAUAAAGCUGGUAUUUAUUCCCACUGUGA